AUGGAGGUGCAAAAGUUUAUUGCGGAGGAACCACAUAAGCAUGACAACGAAAAUGUUGAGCCCGUGUGUGAAGUUACUAGUGAGGAUGAUAGUUGUGAUAGCUCUGACAUAGUUGAGCCAAGUGUUGGAAUGGAGUUUGAUGAUGUUGAAGCUAUUAAAAGUCAAGCUGCAUAUGAAUCUUUUGGAGAUAUUGUUAGUUUUGAUACAACCUACCUAACCAACAAGUAUGACAUGCCCUUUGCUGCUUUUGUUGGUGUAAAUCACCAUGGUCAAUGCAUAUGUGGGAAGGCACCUAAUGGGAUUGUGACUGACCAAUGUAAGGCUAUGCAAAAUGCUAUUGCAAUAGUUUUGCCUAAUACUCGGCACAGAUGUCUAACGAAGGAUGAUUUUGAAGAGAAAUGGUAUUCUUUGUUGAAGAAGUUUGAUGUUGAACAAAAUCAAUGGUUGUGUAGAUUAUUUAAAGACCAGCAUAAAUGGGUGCCAAUAUAUUUAAAACAAGAUUUUUGGGUUGGACUAUCAACCACACAAAGAAGUAAGAGUGUACAUGCCUUUUGUGAUGGAUAUCUAAACUCAAAGACAAGCCUACAACAGUUUAUGAAGCAAUAUGACAAUGCAUUAAGGAGCAAGGUGGAGAAGGAAGUGGAGACUGACUUUCGCACAAUGAACAUAACAAUUCAGUGUGGGUCAAACUCUCUUAUUGAGAGACAAUUUCAAGUUGAGUAUACGAAUGCCAAGUUUGCUGAAGUUCAAGCAGAAUUUAGAGGUAAAAUGAAUCGUGCUACAGCAAUAAAAUUUGAGGUUAGAACUAUCAUUUCAUACAAUAUGUGUGAGGAUUUUAUAUUUGGUAAUCAGAUGAAAGAAGCCAAGUUUGAGGUUAUUUUUAAUAGGGAAAGUAAGGACAUUAGUUGUCAGUGCUUGCUAUUUGAAUUCAGAGGUAUAAUGUGCAAACAUUCUCUUUCGGUGCUUGAAAUUGAAAGAGUUAAGCAAGUACCUUCUAAGUAUAUUCUUAAUAGAUGGAGCAAGAAUAUUAAACGAAGACAUCCAUACAUCAAGGCGAGCUAUGAUAAAAUUGAAUUGAAGCCAAUGAAGGAGAGGUAUGAUAAUCUGUGUAAGCAUUUCUAUAAUGUGGCUGAAAUAGUUGCAAAUUUUGAGGAAGCAAGCAAUCACCUUCACACAACACUUCAUAAUUUCACUUCAAACUUGCCAACCAUAUGUUCUUCUUUGAAUAAACAUUCCAAUGACGAAGACAUUGCUUACAAUUUGGGUGAAGAGUGUCCAAUUCAAAUGAAUACAAUUCAUAGCUCCACAUGUGUAGCAUGUAAAGGUCGGCCAACAACCAAAAGGAAGGUGUCCAAAUGCGAGAAGGUUGUAAGAAAGUAUAACAAAAAAUGCAUGAAGUCAAGUGCAAACUUGCUGAUUGAGGAAUCAUUGGGUGGAACUGUUGCUAAGCAGUGUAAAAGUAACUUAUGCAUUCAGUCAUCGAUCAAGGUUCAAAUGAAUGAAAGUGUUGAAGUUUCGAUGUUUGAAGAAAUCAUAUUGGGGUCACAGUCAUCUAUCUUGUAG